CAACAGAUUAACCAGCCAUUUUGUUAGGAGGCAUUUAUUUUGGUGAUAAUGGAUCAACAUAUUAUGUUCUACAAAUCAAACAAAAAACUAAAGAGUGAAAUGAAAAUGAUGACCACCAAACACCCCUGGAUAUCGUCAGUGAUGACAGCAUAGCAGAUUUUUGAAGAACAGUAUAAGAGCGGUUUGUGGAGCAGAGUGAUGAACUGUUCCAUGGUACACGCCUACAGCUCAACUGUUGCAUAAAACACCCGACUGUCUUGCUCCUACCACUGUUCCAGAUAGAUAGUACCUUGUGCGGUUGGCCUCCUGAUUCGGAAAAUCCGGUUCGUAAAUUCACAUAUUUGAUAAUUUCCCCCCGGGAAAUUAGCAUCUCGCAAGAUAAAGACCCUUCCUAUCAUGCAUCCCAAGUGUUACCUGGAGACGAAAAGCAUCACUGUUGUUGAAAUUUCUUUGGUGUCUCAUUGGCAGAUCAUGGACAGGAAACGGCCAUCGUUGCCCUUUUCUUUUUCCCUGACGACGAACAGCAACGGUUUCCUUGUCGCCUUCGCAGCAGGGUCACUGUCGGAGUCAUGCUGCACAACAGUUUCAAAUUUAGUUGUUAGCAUGAGUGUCAGGGAGGAUGGAUCAUGUCAAAGGCAGCAGCUACCGUCUCAUUUUCAAUUUUGGAUCAUCAAACGUUGCUAAAUUAAUUAAAGAAACAUAUAUAUGGCCAUCGGUGCUCCAGCAGAACAAACUUCACUGCAGGCUGCAGGCCUGCAGCCUCCUCAUCUCCUCCCUGUUGCCGUUGCAGUUAUUCCAUCAUGCAGACAAAAUUGGCAAUUAGGUUUAUUUCUCCGUUGAAUUGAAUUAUUAUGAUAAUAAUAGUAGUAGUUUUCGUACAUGAACAGUUGGUGAAAUUCAUGUGUCCAUAUAAUUUUUAUCUUCAUUUUUAUUUUGGUGAUGUGUACUGUGAUGUCUAUAUAAGUGCGCCUAUUCACAACAUCUCCUUUGGCCACACCAUUUUCUUCAUCCUUGUAUGUACUGGUGUGUGUUGGCUGCACUUGCACUGCACCAUGGAGAUGGGGCGAUCGGGAAAUGGUGGCGGCAAGGUGGUCAGCUUCGACGACGCCAUCAGCGGGAGGCGCUGGAACGGCAGCUCCCUGUCGUCGUACCUUGACAUGGGCCGGAACGCCGACGUUGGCCGCGCGGCGCCGCGGCCGUUGCCGGCGCAUGCCAUGGCGAGCCGGCGGCGCACGUACGCUGACGGCGAGCUUGACGUGUUCUCCGCCGAGCGCUACUUCAGAGGCGCAAUGGACGACGACGGGGACGACCGCAAGGAAGGUUUUGGUGUCACCUUCCCCGCGGGAGCGGUGCAGGUGCAGCAGCCGUUGGUGGAGACGGCCGCUGCGAGGCCAGCAGCGGAGGCCGUGGUAAUGGCUAAGCCGUCUUCGACGCGCGCGUCGACGGCGAGCUUCACCGCGAGCUCGGCGGCGUCCAGCGCCAACAGCCAGACGGCGCUCUUCCGGGGCGGGCUCCGUCGACGGCGCAGUCCCCCCCGCGACAAAAAGUGCUGCGUCCAGGUCGGCGUGCUCAUGCGCACGUGCUCCGGGAAGCGGUCGGUGCGCGUGGACGACGGCUGCGCGGCCAAGGAAAUAGCUCCCGACGCCGCAGAGCCGGCGGCGGCGACCGGGAUCGACUGGUACAGAGAGCUGAGGAUGCACAAGGCCGCCCUCGGACUCUCUGGGGAUGGCAACAGUCAUGGCCUGGUGGCCGCCGGUCUCCCGCCAAGCUUCAAUCUUGGGACGGCGAAAGUGGCGGCCAUCGGGAGGGAGGUGACGACAGGGGAGGAGAAGGAAGCUGCUGCCGAGCUCACCUUCCCAAGUUCUAUGAGGAGGAGAAGCAACUUUACCCUGGUGGCUCCGGUCAGAGCCAACGUGCCGGCGGCGAGCGGCGGCCGCGUCGGCGAUCCCGGCGGAGCAGGUAAAGUUGGCCGUGGCGGUGUCGGUGGCGCGCAUCACCUCCACGACAACGACGACGACGACGACGACGCCGGGAGCGAGUCGAGCUCCGACCUGUUCGAGAUCAAGAGCCUGAUGAUCGGCGACUGCCCCUACGAGCCGAGCGAGGCGAGCAUCCAGUGGAGCGUGGUGACCGCGGACGCGUCGGAGCGCGGCGACCGCGUCCCCGCCAGAUGGGUCGGCGGCGGCGGCGCGAGAGGUCCUCCUGUCGCUGGAAGGCAGCUGCGGGGGCACCGGCCGGCCGGGAUUCUGGCGGGGUGCGCCAGCCACAGGGCCGUGGACGUGUCGACGGCGACAACGACGACAAAGGCCGUGCCAAAUGCGGUGGCGGCGACGCAGCAGCGGCGCAGUGAAGGAUUUCAGAAGGCACCACGGAGCGGCGCCUGACGAUUCUUUAUUUUGUAGUCGCCUUCUUGUGCUUGUGUACACUCGUAUUCAUUCAUGCCAUUGUAACUACUAUCUUUGGACGGUGUCAGAUGAGAGAUUUUAAUGUACGUAGCACACAACAGCAUAUGGAUAUGUUGCUUUGCAUUGCAUGCGCCGUUGGGGUCCUAGCUGUUUGAAUCUGCAAGAGCAUCUCAUAAAUUUCACUCUCAGUUUUUCUA